AUGUCUACUGCCAUCUCAGAGCCUGUCGAAACCGAUUCCGACCAGACCAGUAUUCCAUGGGUAGAUCCAAACAUUAUCCACCCAAGGAGCCUACUCCUCAAACUCACGGAGCGGCUGCGGCUCAACGGCAUAGAAGUCCAUGAAACACAGGGCGACAAGGAGGCUGUACCACUCGAUGCCCGCAUGCAUGAUCGAGCGGCCAUUGUUCCUGCGCUUGUCGUGUCGCCAAGAGGUGAAUGGGCUAUUUCUCAGGCUUUGCAGGCCAUGAAUGAUCUCAGCGUUUACCAAAAGAUACCCAUCUCUGUCAAGAGCGGCGGCCAUGGCUACUUCAAUGGAGCAACCUGCUCUGGUAUCAUGCUGAACCUGGGGCAGAUGACGGCCUGCCGCGUCACGGGCGACAUCCUCACCGUGGAGCCGGGAUGCGUUCUGGGACGUAUCGUCUACAUUUUAGCUAAGCAUGGUAAGGCUGUACCGCAUGGAGAUUGUUACGGCGUAGGUGCGGGCGGCCACUUCACCACCGCUGGGUGGGAUCUUCUUUUGACCCGCCGUUACGGAAUCGGCUGCCAGUCCGUCGUCGGCGGGCGCAUUGUUCUUUGGGACGGCAUUGUCCUGGACGUUGACGAGCACAAUCACCCAGACUUGCUGCAUGCCAUACGCGGUGGAGCCGCUGCCGGCGCCGGAGUUGUCUCUGAGAUCCGGCUCCGUGUCAUAGACGAGCCGGCCCACGCAACGUGGCGCCUCACGUCGCUUGACAAGAGGCAGCUACAGAAAUGCGUAGACCAUCACGCGUUCUCAAGGGCCGCGGAGUUACCCGAAGACAUUACUGUGGCCUUUCGCUUCUUCUUUGUUCAGGAUCAGGAGGAUCCUAUAUGCUCCUUCAACAUUUUCAGCAUGCUGGGACCAGCCGAAACCAUGCAGCACCUCUAUCGUCAUCUCGGUGCUGAGGUUGCUACGUUACUUGAUGAUCCAGACAUGUGGAAUGAAAAAACGCUGCUGGACCUCCGACUGCUCCCAGCCUCCAGGAUACUAUCUACCAACCCAGAUAUGCUCUCCGAGGUCUCAGCUACCCGGCUGCAAGAUAGCCCGCUCCUUUUCUGGGAAAAAGGCAUGAUCCAGCGAGAGAUGGGCAGCUCGUUCCUGGAGACGUCCUCCUACUGGGUAAAGACGGACUGCGACGAGAUGCUUCCCAAAAUCUACGAGCGCUUUCAAGAAGUGAAGAACUUGCCCAUGAGGGAGAGGAUGUACGCCCUCGUCAUCAUGGGGGGCGGCGACAGCCUUAGACGCCAGCACGAGUGCUCCAUGCCCAUAGGAAAGGCUUUAGCCAGGUUUGAGGUGCAUUGGGACGAUGUGGACGAUGCAUACGAGUGCCGCAUGUUUGCGGGCACUGUCUCCAACGUGCUGCGUUCUCAACAGGACGACGGUGUUGGCAGGCCAUUCCGCGGGGAUAUUUGGAAGCAGGAACAGGCAUGUAGCAAGGCGGAUCGCUUGCGCGGCAUUCUGGGGCAGUUUGAUAGGCGGAAGACCAGAAAGAGUGGCGGCAGACAAGCACGCACUAUGAAGCUGUGA